AUGGCUACUCAUGGUUGCUUGCGGAAGUGUGCAUGGCCAAAAGCAUUGUUCAUGUAUCUCAGCAGAGCAAAACCUUCUCCUCCAAAUUCCCCUCCAUCACUUUCUGGACCAAUACAACGAGUUUGGCUUAAUACACCUGUGACAUUUAAUUGUACAUCAGCAGGAUUUUACCCCCCAGAGAUCCAUGUUACCUGGUGGCAGAAUGAGCAGGAGCUGCAUGGAGCCAAAUCAGAUGUCUGUUCUAAUGAUGGGAGCAGGACGUAUCAAGUACAAAGUACCAUCACUGUUCCAGCAAAAAUCGACUCACCUGUUACCUGCAGAAUUAAUCAUAGUGAAUUAAACCAACCUAUACAUUCUACCUUCAACAUCAGUGACAUUGUGAAUGAACCUUCCCCUCCAUCAGUUUCUGGACCGGAUGGCCAAGUUUUAUCUAAUACAAAUGUGACAAUAUACUGUAAAUCUGCAGGAUUUUACCCAAAAGAAAUCAGUGUUAUCUGGGAGCAGAAUGGGAUCAUGCUGCAAGGAUCCAACUUGAAUAUUAUUUUAAAUGAUACAGACAAGACGUAUCAAGCACUAAGUAAUGUCACUGUAACAGCAACAAUAAACUCAACUGUUACCUGUAGAAUUAAUCACACAGCAUUCGACGAACCAAAACAAUCAAUCUUCGAACUAAAAAAUAUUGUGAAAGGUAAGGUUUGUUCAUAUCUUAUGUUAUAAUUUCUCAGAAAAUAAAAUGAUGAUCUUAAAAACA